AUGUUAUUUACCGUACUCGGAGUUAUUUCUCUCUUCCUGGGAGAAAGAAACAUCAAUGCCACCGUCUCAGGUCAAGAUGAAAGAUUGGACCGUCAAGAAGGAUUGGUCACAGUACCCACCGUGACCAACAGUGAUGGUCGAGAAAUCGGUGACUGGUGUGAAGAAUCAACUUUGCAUCUGGAAGAACAGAUCAAUGUUGAGGAACCGUCACUGGAGGAACCUGUUGAUGGUCAGAGUGAAGAACAAUCACUGGUAGAGCCUGACAGUGUUCACGGUGAAGAACAAUCACUGGUAGAGCCUGUCAAGCCUGACAGUGUUCACGGUGAAGAUCAAUCACUGGUAGAGCCUGUCAGUGUUCACGGUGAAGAUCAAUCACUGGUAGAGCCUGACAGUGUUCACGGUGAAGAACAAUCACUGGUAGAGCCUGACAGUGUUCACGGUGAAGAUCAAUCACCGGUAGAGCCUGUCAGUGUUCACGGUGAAGAAGAAUCACUGGUAGAGCCUGACGGUGUUCACGGUGAAGAAGAAUCACUGGUAGAGCCUGUCAGUGUUCACGGUGAAGAACAAUCACUGGUAGAGCCUGACAGUGUUCACGGUGAAGAUCAAUCACUGGUAGAGCCUGUCAGUGUUCACGGUGAAGAUCAAUCACUGGUAGAGCCUGACAGUGUUCACAGUGAAGAUCAAUCACUGGUAGAGCCUGUCGAUAGUCACAGUGAGGACUCGGCCAGCUCCUUCUGCAUUGAUAAUGUUCUUCCGAACUUUUUCUACGCUGAGUCCAGCAGUAGUGAUGACUGCUCUCAAGAGUUUUACUCAGCCGGAUUCAACUGUAUUCGUGAGCUCACAGCCAGCUCCUGCAGCAGCUUCUUCUCUGCUGAGUCCAGCUGUAGUUAUGACGACCCUCCAUAUGUGGUCUUUGCUGAGCCUAGCUUUAGAGAUGAUGUCGCUCAAGGUGCAACCUGUCAGACAGAGGACGCUGUUCCACCUCAACCAGAAGUGCUGAAGGAUAGUGACACAUACAUCAUUGAGAUCAACUCACAUCGUUAUGAAAUUGGCGAUCAGCUGGGCAAAGGAGGCUUUGGAACCGUUUUCGAAGGGACCCGUUUACAAGAUGGCCUUCAGGUGGCUGUAAAAGUUGUCGAUUUCAAGGAGAAGCGAGUCAUCCGUGUUGAUGAUUUUGACGAGCCACUUCCAUCGGAGAUCGCUCUGCACUUUCUUGCCAAUAAAGGCCCCAAAGUUUAUGAACUCGUUCAGCUUCUGGACUGGAAGGUGGAGGCUGAUCGCUACAUUAUGGUCCUAGAGCGGCCCAUACCCUGUGUGAGCGUACGUGAAUUUUUAAGAGGCCACCACGGCAGUAUCCCAGAGGACGUGCUGCAGAAAAUCAUGUUCCACACAACAGUUGCAGCUGACACAUGUAGCACACGCGGAGUGCUUCACCGCGAUAUCAAGCCUGACAACUUGCUGAUGAACCCGCUGACCUUUGAAGUCAAACUGAUUGACUUCGGGUGCGGUGACCUCCUCACUGAUAACUAUUACAGAAACUAUUUUGGCACAAUGCAGUUCAGCCCUCCUGAGUUUAAAAAGGCUGGCUAUUACUUUGGGGAGCCAGCAACAGUGUGGUCACUUGGGAUUCUUCAGUAUCUCCUAAUGUUCAAAACAUUUCCAAACAACCAUGACCUCCUCAACUUGAAAACAAAAGAUUUACAGCAAUAUGGAAGGUCAAAAGAAUGCAGCGAUUUUAUCAGAGGUUGUCUGGAGAUUAACUUCCCCUUGCGGCCUACGUUGCAAGCACUGCGUGUCCAUGACUGGUUUAAGGUAAUGAAUAGAUUUUGA